AUGGAAGUCAGGCUCCAUCAUCUCUGGCUAAACAUGUUAGUCAUCAUCUUCACUUGCUUGUCGCUGAAAACCCAUAUCUGCCUUGCGGACAGCAACAGGAUCACUCAAAACCAAUCUCUCUCCGGAAACCAAACCAUCGUCUCUGCCGGGAGCGUCUUCGAAAUGGGUUUCGUCAAGCUAGGUAACUCAACCAAUUACUACCUGGGGAUCUGGGUUUCGUCUUCUGCUUCUGAGAACGAUGAUGGGACCUUGUGGCAGAGUUUUGAUACGUUCUUGCCUGGCACAGAGAUCAGGCGCAACAAAAUGACAGGGUUCGUUCCCAAGUCCAGGGAUGAUUACAUCUCCAACGUUUAUAACGGUGGAGGCAUCAGAGAAGCUUAUCUGCAGUGUGGGAAUCCCUGUGAUGGAUUGAAGAGUAGUGAUGGGUUCAUUACAGGAUAUGCAGUGAGCAUUUCGAGAUGGGGUACUCAGGCCUAUGAAUCAGUUGGGAAUGUUCGACAAUGUGAAUCGGUUUGCUUAAACCGUUGUUCAUGCAAUGCAUAUGCUUAUGAAGGCAGUAGGUGCUCGGUUUGGUCUGGAGAUGUGUUUGAUAUUCAUAAAGUCUCUGUUGACCCUGUUGGACUACCUAUCUAUUUAAGGGUUACUGCUGAGUUACCAAGUUCUGGAAGUAAUUAUGAGAGCAACUACAAGAUUGUGAAUGGGGACGAAGAAAACAAAACAAACCUCACAUUUUUCACCUUCAAGAAUGUAUUAGCUGCCAUAGACAACUUUUCUGAGUCCAAUAAGCUAGGGGAGGGCGAUUUUGGCCCUGUCUAUAAGGGAAAUCUGCUUCCUCAUCAUGAAGUAGCAAUAAAGGGGCUUUCAAAGAAAUAUGGACAAGUGUUGGAGGAAUUCACGAAUGAGCUAAAGCUCAUUGCAAAGCUCCAACAUAAUUACCUCGUUAGACUCUUGGGUUGUUGCGUUGAAAAGGAGGAGAAGAUACUUAUAUACGAGUGCUUGCCUAAUCGAAGCUUGGAUAAAUUUCUCUUUGGCGGACAUACUUCACCUUACUGA